GCUGAUCGUUCGCCUUCCACAUGCCUCGCAGUCCUCGACGAGCGUCCCGAGCCGCCCAAUACGUCGCUCGACAUCGACCGGUCCGACCCGUCGCAAGUCGUCGUGCGCGUCCACCUGCCCGGCUUCUCGCUCGACAACAUCACGGUCGCCAUGCGCCGAGGCCACAAGGUGCACGUCGUCGCCGACUCGUACGGCGAGAGCGGCGGGCACUACGAGAAGCUCGUGACGCUCGGCAGCGACGUGUCGUCGGCCGCACCGCGCGCCGAGUUUGACGGCACCCUCCUCCGCAUCUUUAUCCACCGCCGC